UCACUGUCAUAAAUAAACGCAUGACGCUGUCAAAUCAAGUAAUUUGGUGCUGGUUGUUCGUGUUUCAUUUUAUGAAAUUUAAUUUAUUUGAGUGAUUUUUAACGUUUUAAAAUGUCUACAACAAUAGAUCAAAAAGCCUAUUUGCAGAAGUACUUAGGUAAACCAUCGGGAGAUAAGAAAAAGAAGAAGAAAAAGGCGCCAAAGGGCAAAGGGAGAAAUGACGAUGAUCCUCCACCGACGAAUAAAAAAAUGGAAAGAACUCUGGAAGGGAAGUUGGCUGGACUACAAGACGCUCGGCAGUUACGGAAAGAAAACGAAUCGUUUAGGAGGAGAGAGGAGGAUGCGUUCAAAAAGAUGACAGAUGACGUAUCAGGAAGGAACGCUCAAGUUGUUUCUAGGAAAGCCAAAAGAGAGACCUCAGAGGAAAGACAAAAGCUAAAAGAGAAAGCAGAGCGCCAAAAGUUCUUGGAUGAAAAGUACAAGCAGUGGAGCAAAGGCCUGAAACAAAUAGAAGCUGAGACUGCACGUCGCGAGGACUUCAUCAAGGAAGCCGCGAAGCCUCUCGCGCGUAUGAAGGGAGACAGAGACCUCGAGAGAAGUCUCAAGGAGAUAGAGCGAGACGGAGACCCCAUGCUCGCUUACAUCAGGGACAAGAAGAGAGAGAGGGGAGAUCUUGGACCAGAAAAACCAACAUAUAAAGGUAGCUUCCCUCCAAACCGUUUCAACAUCCGUCCAGGCUACCGCUGGGACGGCGUCGACCGCUCCAACGGCUACGAAAAGAAGUUCUUUGAAAACCAAAGCAAGAGGAAAGCUCAGGAAGAAGAAGCUUACAAAUGGAGUACCGAAGACUUGUAAUGAUUCAUCAGCAGGUCAUUUAGUCUCCACUCCAGGAGCACGACCCUCUCUAAUUUAGAAGCAAAUGGAAAGCAAAGCUGAAGGGUCAAUGGACAGGGCACAUAGUACGCAGAACUGACGGCCGAUGGGGCAGCAAGGUUCUGGAGUGGAGGCCGCGUACCGGAAAACGCAGCGUGGGACGUCCACCUACAAGGUGGACCGACAUCAUAAAGGUAGCAGGAAGGCGCUGGACGCGGGCCGCUACCAACCGAGCAACAUGGAAAGCAUUGGGGGAGGCCUAUGUUCAGCAGUGGACGUCCUAUGGCUGAGAUAUUGAUGAUGAUGAUGAUGAAAUGGAAGAUAAUGGCCUACACUCCCCACGAUGACCAGACGCGGUGGAAAGGCCCGAUGCUCACAUUGUGAUGAUUUCCAAGAUUCAAAUAUUUAUUCUUUCAUCACGUGAGUUUUUUUUUUUUUUUUUUUUUUAAAGAUUAUUAGUAAUUUGUUAUUACACAAAUUACUAAUACUCCCGUUAGCCCCUCGUACUAAGCUAAAUAUGCUUGUAUAACGAGUGAGCUCACCACAAUAGUCGAGCGGCGGCGGGGACCGAACCCGCGUUCCCCGGAUCACGAGUCGGCCAGUCCGACCCCUUCACCGUUCGGCUAUCGUGGCUUAAUAAUGAAAUAGAGUAAUUUUUUAAUAAUAAGAAAAUUUUGUACAGA